CAGGAGAGGAGAGAGAGAGAGCCAGAACUUACAAAACCUGACACGUAGAUCAGCAUCCCCCGGUUGGCCUAGGACCACAAGUAUUCUGCCACUCCCAAGUGAAAAGAUAAGGGGAAAAAUAUCAAGUAAACAACACUUUUUGGCUACCCCCUCCUCUUUGAUUGUAAAGCAGCAGAAUGCAAGCUUAUUAUACGCCAAGUCCAGCAAUACUUCAUAGAAGCUCAACAUAUAUUGGAGUGAUCAACAAGGUUUGUAGUACAAGUAGCAAUAUCAUCUACAAGAAGAGCCCUGGCCUCCGACUUCUCGGGAGGUGUAGCCUGGCGCUGACUGGGUUGCUUGCCGCUGCUGCAGUGAUAACUUCUGCAGGAGCAGGAGCAGUUGAAGCACCCCCGGAAGCAGAGACUCUCGAGAAUAUACCGCAGACACUCUCAGGAGAGUGUGCUUCGCCCAAGGAUUGCAAGAGAGCGAGGAUACAGAGACCCAAGUCCAGGAAAGCCGAGUCUUGCACUAUCAAGUGUGUCACCACUUGCAUCCGGGGUGGCGAUGGCUCUCCAGGUGAAGGUCCUCUUAAUGUCAGAAGGCCUCUAGUUGUUUUCAAGCAAGGGUUUCGAAGCCGUCAAUACUGUUUGGUCGAAUGUUCAGAUAUUUGUAAUUUGAUUGGAGAUGGUGAUGAUGGACCUUAAGUAGUUGUAUAUGAAAUUUUAGCAGAGCACCAGUAGAAUCUUGAUGCCAUUUUUCCUUGUUAGAUAAAAGUCUUGUUGAUAGCUUCUUUUC